AUGGCAACUGCAAUGGCUUCAAUCCGGGCGGCUACGUCCCGUCCCAUCAAGAACGUCAACUCCUUCUACACUGACUACCUCCACAUCGUCAAAGCCUCCGACGAACAAUCUGGCCGCGAGAUGAACUACGACGAGGAAAAGCAGCUGCCCUCGCCACCCCCGGGGACCACCACCGACGAGGAUUCUGAACCCCUCACCUGCUUCGAUGCCACAGCCAUCGUCCUCGUCGUAAUCUGGGCCGUCUUCUUGGUCACCUUCGGCGCCUACACCUUCUGUAACGUCAUCCGUGAGCCUUCGGAACAAUACGUCUUGGACCCCGACGUCUUCAACACCAUCGCGGCGGCGGUAUAUCUCCUCCACGGUGCUCUCUAUUUCUGUUAUUCGACCUAUGUCGGUCUCAUUUUUGCAGGACCGAUAGAGGGGAAGGACAAGACGGAGAGCGCUGCCGAGGCGUAUGCCGCUGCACAGACGUUCUCGGAUCAUGAUUGCGGCGGCUGGUGGUGGGAGCCGUGUCUUUCCGCUGAGGCCAUCGACAAACUCAUCCGCAUUCAAAUCGCCAUCUUCAUCGUGGCUUUCUGGCCUGUCUUCAUGGUGUACAACUUUGCGGCCAUCGUCUGCCAUGACUUCAAGCGCCUCACAACCACUGAAGGUGUUGACCGGGAAAUUGGCCCCUGUGCCGUCUGCUCUGUUGGCAACCGCGCUCAGGAGAAUCAAUGUAAGAGGACCUCUGAGAUUUCUGAGAAGAAGCCGUUACUGGGACAGAGGCUGACUGCGUCAGAGAUCGUGGCGAUUGAGAAUGAGGCGGCGGCGGCUGAGGUGUGGAGGAUGUAUAAGGCUAGGAUGGUUGAGCAGAAGCCGUAUGCUCAUGCUGUCCAGCAGUAG